AUGUUAGCAACAACAGCACCAAACUCUUUAGUUAUGAAUCCAACUUCAAUGUUAGUAGAGAUGAAAAGCUUCAUUCCUUCUUCAUAUACUUUCGAAACAGAAAUCCAGAAGAUAAAGCAAGAACUUCUCCAAGGAGAUUUAGAUUGCACUGCGAAAGAUGAAACAAAUGAACAGUAUCUUUAUGAAAUGCAGGACCUGGUGGAACAUCUACCUAAACUUCCUGAAAUACAACAACAAAAGCUCACUAUUCCUGAAUUCGAUGAAAUAGAAGUGAAACCAACUGACUCAGUUGAAACCAAGAAGUUCAUACGUAAGGUUAACUAUGAGUUUCUUGGAUUUCAUUGCAACCACAAAGUCAUUGACAUAUAUAAAUCUGGGGAGUUUAAGACCUACGACAACUUUGUUUCGUUAGUUGCAAAAUGUGUAUGGCAGAUAAGAGAUAAAGAUAGAAGAGGUAAAGUAUGGAACGGACAAAUAAAACCAGCAGCCUUUGAGUUAAAGAAAACCAUUUACGCCUUAGUU